GUUUUUGUCUCAUGUGGUUUGUUUUUGUUUUCCACUGAUCUCGGCUCUGUGGCUGUGGGAAUUGGACUGGUAACCGGUGGGAGCGACAGGCAGACACACAGCGCGGUGUAACUUGUCUGUCGUAUCUAAAGAUUAAAGGAUAUCCUAAUCUAAUAAUAGCAACCGAAAGACAGACUAAGCAGUAGUGGCACACACUGAUCCAACACUUAAAGCGCGGAUCCGGGGCGGUGGUGUCAGACUGCACUGCGGGGUCGCUGCUGCUGCAACUCCGGGACAAGUGACACAGUGAGUAUGAUGGUACCAUGAGCGUGGUCUCCUGCAGCACUCUUCACCAGUAGCCGGGCAGAAUGGCUUUUGCUCCUCCUUCCAGAGAACACAACAGCAGCUCAUUAGCUCUGCACUGGAGGUUAACGCCAACAUAGAUACUCACCACACAGGACUCUGACUUCAGACUCUCAGGCUUGGUUACACAUCUGUGUAUAAACUGCCUCAAAAACACGAUUCAUGUUGAGGACGGCGGCAACACAGCAGCAUAACACCAUCUGGAGCGGGACCUUGGAGCAGGUUCUCGCUCUGAUAAAGUGCUGUGCUGGCAGAGUUAUGCCGUGCAGCUCUUCCACACUGAGACACAAUCCUGGACUCUGAACCAUGUCUCUUCUCUCAGCCCUGAGCAUCGUCUGUGGAUUGAUGCUCCAUGUGGCAUUCAGUGCACUCAACAGUCACUACUGUGUCCCGAGAAAGACUGUACCUUACCAGAAUGAGCUGAAGCUGUUCAGAGAAGACGGCAUCUUCAACUACUCUACUAUGUUGAUGAGAGACGACCUCGGAGUGCUGCUGCUGGGGGCCAGGGAGGCCGUAUAUGCUCUGGACAUCAACGACGUCUCCGUGAGAAAAGCUGCGGUGUAUUGGCGAGUUACCGAGGAGAAACAAAGGGAGUGCACCUACAAGGGAAAACACGCCGAGGUGGAAUGUCGAAACUACAUUCGAACCCUGCACAGAAUGAAUGACACCACCAUGUAUGUGUGUGGCACAAACGCUUUUAGCCCCACCUGUGAUUAUAUGACAUUUGUCGGUGGACAGCUGAGGCUGCAGGGAAAGCCAGAGGAGGGAAAGGGGAAGUGUCCUUUUGAUCCCUUCCAGAGAUACUCCUCCCUCAUGGUCGGAAAUGACCUGUAUUCUGCUACUUCCAUCAAUUUCUUGGGCUCUGAGCCUGUUGUUCUGCGCAGCUCAAACUUGGCUCUCCGCACUGAGUUUAAGAGCUCCUGGCUCAGUGAGCCAAACUUUGUCUACAUGGACUUCAUGGGUGAGAGUUUUGACAGCUCUGAUGGGGACGAUGAUAAGGUUUACCUGUUCUUCAGCGAGAACGCCAUGGAGUACGAUUUCUACAGCAAAGUUGCUGUGUCUCGAGUGGCCCGAGUCUGCAAGGGGGAUAUGGGUGGCCAGCGGACGCUGCAGAGGAAGUGGACGUCGUUUCUGAAAGCUCGUCUGGAUUGUUCCCUCCCUGAACCCAGCCUGCCCCCAGUUGUCCAGGAUGUCUUCCUGCUGAAGCAUGAAGACUGGAGGAAGAGUGUCUUCUACGCUGUCUUCGCCCCGCAGUCGAGCUUGUCUCAAGUAUCUGCAGUGUGUGCGUACAGCGUGUCCGCAAUCAGAGAGAUUUUCAACGAGGGAAAGUUCAAGACGCCCGUUGCUGUGGAAACAUCCCAUGUGAAGUGGGUGAUGUACACUGGAGAAGUGCCAGUCCCCAGACCGGGAGCAUGCAUCAAUGAUGUGGCGCGCAAAAUGGGCAUGAAUCGCUCUCUAGACCUUCCUGACAAAACCCUCCAGUUCAUCAGAGAUCGCCCCCUAAUGGACGAAGCUGUUCGUCCUCUGACAGGAAGGCCACUGCUGAUCAAGAGAGGGGCUCUGCUGACUCGCAUCGUAGUGGACAGCACGCUGGCGCUGGACGGACAGAAAUAUGCCGUCAUGUUCAUCGGCACUGACAACGGUUACAUUCAGAAGGCCGUUAACUACGAUGGAGAAAUGUUCAUAAUUGAGGAGCUCCAACUUCAUGAAAACCCCGAGCCUAUCAACAUCCUGCAACUCUCCUCGACAAAGGGUCAGCUGUAUGCAGGCUCAGAGUCUGGUGCUGUCCAGAUGCCAGUGAGUAACUGCGGCCGCUACGACACGUGUGUGGACUGUGUCCUGGCCAGAGAUCCGUACUGUGCCUGGGACUUUUCCAGUGAGCGCUGCUCCUCCGUCCAAAGCCUAACCCGCUCCUCAGACACUGCAGUGCAGAGUCUGAAGGAAGGAGACGUCUCACGCUGUCCUCAGCCAGAUCCAGUAGCAGCUGUAGAAUUGACCCUCGUUCCAGAGAACAACAUCCAUCUGCCUUGCCAACUCCACUCCAACUUGGCCCAGGUCCUGUGGCAUUUCUCUGAGCAAACACUUCACUCCAAUCACAAAUACUACAUCCACAGUGGAGGACUGCUCAUCAUGAGUGCGACCGAGUCAGACGCUGGUCUUUACACCUGCGAUUCAGUAGAGCAGAUCAACGGCAGGACAUACAACCGAACUGCGGCGGUUUAUCGUUUACAGCUCUACUCUGACCCAGGGGUGGGGGGCAACACCACUCCUGGCAAUGAGGUGACAAAUUCCUUUGACUCUGCUAACACAGCUACACCAGAGCCGGGGCCAGACGACACCGGCGAGGACCCGCCCACCCCGGAGAAUCUAAACGACACCGGCAGGGUAACGCGUUUGGAGGUGGCCGUGGCUCUGCUGUCGCUGCUCUGCCUGUCUUUGAUGGGGGUCAUGCUCUACAUCUGGCUCCGGGGACGCUGGAAAUGCUGCAGGUUUGCGCCCGUGCUGCAGAACGCGAGCGAGAGAGAGAACGGGAAGCAGCAGUCGUGUGAAUACAUGCACAUACAGAACAGGAGUUCAGACAUUAAGAUGCUGGGGCCUGAAUCUGUGAGACCAUGCGCCGCCAAUAAUAAUCACCACACUGCUGUUGACUUCAAAGGGAACGGAGAGCACCACUUCACACCUAUGGCCAACAUUUCAAGUCUGGAUGGUCUUGGAUACAUAAAUGAUGAGUCAGAGAUUUGACUGUGCUGAUGUAUAGAAGUCUGAGACCAACACCAGUGCACUAAUUAUCUUCCUAUAUGUGAGCAUCUAACAAGUCACUGUUCUCAGGAAUGAUUUUCACUUUGAAAAUUCUGUUCAUUGGUGUCCUGUUUCUCCCUGCACCGUCUUUAAUUUUUUACCCGGCAGCUGAUGUAACUUUUUCCUGGAGAAAUUUCCUCUCCAGGAAAUAGUUGAAAAGACUUUUAAAUAUAUGUAUUUUUUCAUACAAUGACAAAUUGUGAAUAUACUUUGUGUAAUAUAUCGUGUACAGCCAAGACUUUUUUUUAAAAAAAACCUGUAUUUAUUUGGAGCAAAGACAUUUUUAUUUUAGCUUUAAAACCCUUGUAAACUGAAGCUCUUGCUCAACAGCAAUUGAACAAGUAGUACUUUUCGAUCUCAUUUCAUUUUAUGGACACUGCUGUUUACCUUAGACAACAUUCAUCAGAGAGCAUACCAUCAUCUUUGGCUGUGUUAAUGAUUAAUCCACACUCUGAAUUGCCCUUUCAUUGCUUUGUGGCUGACAAAAAAAAGAAAAGAAAGAGAGCUACAGAUGCACCUUUGUACUGUAUGUCAGCAUUAAAGCGAAACUCAGAAGGUAAUACACAGUGAACUUUAUACCUCCAUAACCAAAAGAAAUAAUAGUGUCCUCUCACACCAGUGAAUGCUGCAUCAUUAAAAGAGCAGUAGUGUAAACAAUGGUUACUUGUUAGGCACAUGCUAUUAUAUACACUGUAAAAUGAUGUUAAAGGCACAUCACAGGUAAGAACAGGUGACAAACUCUUUGUUCAUAAUAAUAAUCCAUAUAAAAUAAAAAUGUCUCUUAUGUAGCAGAUAAAUUUGUUUUUUACACAAUACUUAAAAAACUCUAACAAGCACUGAAGAGAUGAGCGAGUUGUCAUGAUCUGAAUUCGAGGUAUACUGUAUAUUUCUCUCAUCAGGUAAAAGAUCAAUAAAAGAUUGCCAAUGCA